AUGACUACACAACGGAUAUCAUCACAUCCACAUUAUUUUUCAAUGUUUCAAAGUUAUUGUACAGAGCAAAAUAUAUCGAAUAAAGAUGUUCUACUAUUGAAUGAACAACUUAAACAUGAGAUCAAAGAGGUUUUACAUAAUAUAAAUCAAGAAAUUAUAAAAAAAUUAGUUAAUUUAACAUUACAUACAACGUGUAUUCCAAUAGAGUUUGUUCAAGACUGUGAUACACCCACGGGGAAUAUUUAUCAACACUAUCUUAUUGAUCAAACAAUGUAUAAAUUGUUAAAUGAUAGUAAAAUAAUUAAUUUUAUACCACAAUUACAAAAAUUGUAUCCGGUGAGAACAUCUGGUAACGGUAAUUGUUUAUUACAUGCAUGUUUAAUUGCUAUUGCUGGCGUUCAUGAUUUUAAUCUUUAUCUACGCGAUUGUUUAACACAAUUUAUGGAUGUACAUGAACAAUCGUUAAAAAAACGAUGGCAAAUUGAACGUUUAAAAAAUGAUCAAAAACUUGGAAUUACAACCGAAGAUAAUAGACUAGAUACUGAAUGGAAAGAAUUAUGUGAUUUAGUUCGAUAUGAAAAUAAAGGAGAUGGUACUAUAAAAAAUUUACAAUUUUUAGAAGCUGUACAUAUAUUUUCUAUUGCAAAUAUGUUUUGUCGUCCAAUAAUUGUUUUAUCCGAACAUGUUGUUCGUAAUAAACAUGGUGAAGCAAUCUCAAUUAAUGAUAUUAUGGGAAUUUAUUUACCAAUAUUAUCAUCUCAGAAUAACUGUACAAAAGAUCCAAUUGUAAUUGCUUAUGAUAAAUCUCAUUUUUGUCCACUUCUUACAUGUGAUGCUGAAAGAUGGUAUGUUUCGAAUGGUAAAAAAUAUACAGCAGAAAAAUUAUUACCAUUACUCCAAUAUGAUGAUACAUCAGGCUAUAUAGCGUUACCUGUACAUUUUCUAGAUAAUUCUGAACAAUCAAAAAAAGAUAAUUUACUAAAACAGUAUUUAAAACUCACUAAAACUACAGUUAAACACGAAACAUCAUCACAAACUAUUCCAUGUUGUCAAUUAGGUGGAAAACGUCUUCCACAACAGUGUGAUUUUAUUUUAUUAUACAAAAAAUAUGUUCUUGAAUUUAUAGAAGAACAAAAGAGACUUGCCGAAGGAGAACAUGAAAAUCGAUAUAAUAGCGAUGGAUAUGGUGAAUUUAUAUCACCAUUUGAAACAUAUAGAAAUGAAGAUCUACCACCACCAUAUAAUUCAAAACAAUCAACAACAUCAAUGUAUUCUGAUUCAUUACCCAAACAGCAGUCUACAACUAAUUCGAUGUCAGGAACGAAUUUUUAUUCAACUAAUAUUUUUGAUAACCAAGCAGGUAUUCAGUCAUCAUUACAUGAACAUCGUGAAAGUUAUGAGAAUGCAGUAGUAAAUGGACAAAUAUCAACAGCGCCCUCUUCAAUCAAUGGAUAUCCAUAUCCUUAUGAUCUACAAGAUAGAUCAUCACCAUAUUCAACAACCACGCAAAAAAAACUAAAUCAUCAAACAGACAAUUACAUAAAUAACCAAAAUGAUAAUUAUUAUGAUAGUGGUAAACAAGAGACAUUAGUAUCAUCAUCAUCAUUAUUAAAUAUCGAUGAAAAUCACAUGCAUCAAAAUAAUACAACAAUUGAUAAUUUAACAUCAGACAUGAGUAAUUCAUCAACAAAAGAAUCAAAAUUGAAAAAAGGUAUGUAG